AGAAAUGGAACUGCAUUGAAUUAUCGGAUUAACCUGAAUCCGUUUGAGUCGAGACAACUCAAAGAUGCGAUCUGGAUUUACCAAUGUGUGGCGGUUUUUAUAUCAGUGGAUAGGUCUUGUUCUCGUGGUUGCGGCAGUGGAUGGCACCCCUAAUCGGAGGUCAAUGAUACAACGAAAUGUACCGCUUUCUUUACACAAAUGGCCCUACGCAAUUGUGCCGUACAUUUUUGAUGAGUCGUUUGACAUUUCGUUAAAAGAAUACGUUGAUGAAGCGAUGAGAUAUAUUGAACGAUGUUCCUGCGUUGGGUUUGUAAAAUGGACGGAUCAACCAAACCAUGUGAAAUUUGUAAGCCGACAUGGGUGCUCCUCCGAUGUAGGGAUGCAGUACAUGAAAGAUUCUCAAGCAGUUUCCAUCGCCAAGAGCUGUGCGACUGGCAAAGGUGUGGUAGUGCAUGAGCUGAUGCACGCGCUGGGGUUCGUCCAUGAACAUCAGAGACCAGACAGGGACGAGUAUAUCAAAAUAUUAAAGUCGAAUAUUAACCCAGAUUCGAGGGCCCAGUUUCGUCCCAGGACAGACCUGAAACUCCUUGCCGCCUACGACCUCGACUCGAUCAUGCAGUACCCCGAGAACUUCGGCGCGAAGAAGAAGGGAAAACCAACCAUCACCCAGCUGGUCGAUCGGGACAAGUAUAAAAUCGGACAGCGAGACCAUUUGAGUGAGAUUGAUAAAUAUGAAUUGAACAAACUUUAUUGUGACACAGUGUAAUACAGGCAAUAGAGACGUCACGAAAACGGCUAUUUACGUAUGCCUUUACGUGCAACGUCAUGCCCUCUAUACAUGGGUUGCCUCAAACUAACUGAAAUAUUUGGGAAGUAGCAGUUUUUUUAUCAUUAUAUAAUAAUAUUAUGAGCAAGCUGGAGAUGAAAACUCGGCCCUGUACCUUCCAUUAGGUGAUGUAACAACAUACGUUCAAAUGUAUAGAAAUACCUGGUACAGAGCAUAGUCUUCAACUACAGAUAUCUAAGUUCAUCACAUGUAUGUGUCUUUCGUGAAUAUGUUGGACUACAUUCGAUUCCGUUGAAUCCGCCAAUCCGUUUUUUCGACGGUACAUGUAUAAGUGGAGGAGUACAUGUAAUCAUACAGUGUGAUGGGCUUAUGAAAUCACUUCGACAGAGACCACGGUGGCUAAGGUAUCGGUUGACCGAAGAAAAAUACGUGUUUACCUGGAGAGGAAAACACGACACAAAAGAAACAUAUAAAAGAUUAGUUCAUUCUGAGGGGCGUAAGGCUCGCAUUUAUUAUUUUUAUCCGAUUGUACCCCUCCAACACUGUAAUGGGAGGGCCUUGUUUCUAUUGUGUUGCAAAGGUAAACCAAUACCUUUUAGUACCCACCGUGGAGACACUCGGUGCUCCCUGGUAAACUUUCUGAGAGUUUCAUCUGGCCGCGCUGAGGACAGGAAACGGCCGAGUUACCAGUAUAUCAGUCAGGCAAGGAUCCCUGAAUUGUGAAUUGUCAGCAAAUCGGGUAGUUUCGCGCUCACACCCGAAGAUUCGACUACCGCUUUAGUCUUGGAUUCUAAGCAUAACCCGUGUCAUUUUCUUAAAAUAGUCUAUUUCGACGAUGAUUUCCCAAAUCGCUUUAUUUGUGUAAGGUUUAGCAAGAUAUCGCACCGGGAUAUAGCACAUUAUUUUUACUCGUUCAGAAAAAUGCGGUACGUAAUGUCUAUUCGGCCACGUGUCGGCACAGCCAGAUCGAGCUAUCUUCUUGAACUCCCCGAUAGCUACGCCAUUACAUAAUAUAUCCUCAGUGGCAUAAUCGAAUCGAGGAGUUUCCAUGGUUUUUCGCCUGAACUGGCGACAACUCGCCGUUCGGGGAUUCUGAUUGCCUGACUGGUACAUCCUCUAUUUGAAUUGUCACAGUCUUGCCACCAGGCUUUUAUUCCACGUUCAGCUUUCUGAACGAUCCGACCAUCCCCCAACUG